GGUCUCUCAUUGGCUGGUCCGUGGGUGGUAAUGUCGUCGUGCCCGGUAUGUGUGUCGCCGAUGUCUGGCGCUCCACUCCUACUCCUGUGGUUGCAGGCUGCAUCCUCUCGGCCAUAUUCGGAGUUGAUAUCGACUGUGACAAAGGAGUGGUGUUGGUGUUGGCUGUUACUCUCAGGGUAGGAGUAGAUAGUAUCAAGGUGACGUGGACGCGGAUCAGUGAGCAGCCUGCGUGCAUCGAGUACCUGGAGCUGUUGAUCCUGCAGGCUUGGAAAACGGACGUGGAAGGCGACCUUCUCGGUUUCCUCUUCGGAUCGGUGCGACCAGGCCAUCGCCAGUCUAUCGUCCAAGAGCUCAUCGUUCCGCUCACGCAAUUGGCUGGCGAUCUCCCCCUCGACAUCGUUUCGCAGAGCGACGACAAUCCCGCUCCGCGCAUCGUCACGCGAACAUUGGUGCCGUAUCUCCAGUGGACCGCUUGCUUGGAAGAACCGGGGAGUGAUAGCACUCUGCCAUCACGACAGGAAUACUUGAAGCUGUACGGGAUCAUCGAUCACGCCUUCUAUCCGAAGGAGCCCGAGGUGCUUGGAGGAGAAGAGGAAGUCACUGAAGAAGAGGGCGACGCCGACGAAGAAACGUCGGAGGAGGGGAGUUAUAGUGAGUACAGCGAAGGGGAGCAGAGUGAGGAGGAGGAGGAGCUAGAAGAAGAAGAAGACGAAGAGGAGGAAGCCAGAUCGGAGUGGGAGGACUUGCCGGAAGAGGCAGCGCGCACAGGCACAGAAGCGAAAGAUCCCGAAGCGGCAUGCAGAAGGGAAGAGAUCGCCACCGUGAAAAACCAGCUGGAGAUCGCCAGUGGGGCAAGCUUGUGCAUCAACGACGAUCCGACCAGGGAUCUAGAGCCCCCCGAGCCCGAGGAUGGCGGAUCAGCAACCGCGGCUCCGAGCGCAUCGCGACGGAGACGGAGUCGAUCCCCCUCCCCCUCCACCCCAACCCGUCCCCCAGUUCGUCCACGUACCGAUGCAGGGAAUCGGCCUUCGUCCCCGGUCAUUAUCCCGCCGUCCCCUUGAUUACCUUACCCUCUCCGAGAUCUCUACCCCCGUCACCUUUCCUCGCAACCCCUUUCCUCCCAACACUUUCCAACACUUCUACUCCACCCGUCUCGCCGUCACCAUCCAUCCCAGCCCUUCCCUUCAAGCCGCGAACCCCGCAUUCUGUCUACACGUCCUCCUAUUCAGUGCCGCGUGGCGACAGAAUAACGCAGUAAAAGUCUAUUGCGUAA